AUGCCAUCAAAAGGAAACUUUAAAAUGCAUAGUGCCGAAGCUUCAAGCAUAGUUAACGCAGAUACAUUUGCUCAACAUUUCUUUCCUAUUAUUCAAGCUAAUACUGAUCACAAAGAUAGCAGUGUUGCUAGCAUAUGGUUUGAUAACUUAGUUUUUAGUAUAACCAUCAUUCCUCGCCAUCAACUCCAGGAAAGGGUUUUACCCAUGCUUAUUGAUAAAGCAAAGCUUUCCCAAUCGGUAGCUUCGCGGCUAUCCAGUUGCUUAUUAUCCGGUAGCUUAGCUCGACGAUUUGAUUCAGAAUGGAUCAAUAAAAAUAUAAUCCCUAUAGUAAAAAGUUUAUGUCAAGACGUAGAUUAUGAAGUACGCGGAAGAAUGUGUGCUAAUUUACCUCCAAUUAUUCAAUCAUUAAACACAGCAGAUAUUAAGCGAUUUAUCCUACCCGAAUUAAUUGAACUACUAAAUGAUGAAGAAAGCAGCGUGAGAAUAGCAAGCUUAGCUUGCAUAGCGGAAGCUGUAGAUCCUCAAGAUGCAGCAACCAAGGAAAAAAUUUAUCCUACUAUAAAACAUUUAUGCGAGUUAGCAGUUGAUAAACAAGAUAAUUCAUUAACAGUAAUUUCAAGAUGUUAUGGUAAACUUUGCAUAGGAUUGGAUGCAAAUCUAACUAAAGAUGAAAAAGAAUGGUUGAAGUCGUUUUAUGCUAAGAUGUCAACAUUAGGUCUUGGGCCAUCCGAUAAAGUAAAAACUCCAGUAUCAAACUCUUUAUUAAAUUCAAAUACUUUGAAGCAAACCUCACAUGGUGUCAGCCAAGACUGUAGAAUCAACUGUGCUUAUAAUUUUCCAGCCCUGACUGUAUUUGUCAAUGCUGCGGCGUUUCAAUCUAAUUUAGCUAAAAUUUUGAAGCAAUUUUGUUCCGAUCCGUGCUCAACUGUCAGAAAGACGAUUGCAUGCAGCUUUCACGAGGUUGCCAAGAUAUUAGAAGAUGAAGCAUCAUCACUUUAUUAUAAUUUGGUAGAGUUAUUACAAGACCAGGACACUGAGGUAUUACGUUGCCUCAUUCCUUACCUUGAUCAAAGCAUAAGAAGCGUAGUAAAAAAUUCAACUGACAAGAACAUAACAAAUCUACUUUUGGCACUAUCUAUCUGUGAACGAACUGUAAUUGCUUCUUGUAAAUGGCGACUUCAUUGCGAAUUACUAACAAGUUAUCAGUGCCUAAGUAAAAUUGCAACGUCUGAACAAAUCUUUUCUCAAUUUGUUCCGCAUCUGUUCAAGCUAUUAAGCUUUGCUUCCAGAGAAAAAGUAAGGAAAGAACAAUCUAAUGAUGAAAUUAAAGAACCUAUAAAAAAUCAGUAUGUUAUCCCAGUUAAGUUAGCCGCUGCAAGAACUCUUUGCGUAUUUCUGCGCUACAAUACUAAAGCUGAUCAAAAGAAGGAAAUUUGUCAACGAUUAGUUGAUGACUAUGGAAAAAGUGAUAGCUACUUGAAUCGAUCUCUCUUUGUGGAUAUUUCUAAGAUUGUUUUGGAAGUCUUUUCUCAAAAAUAUUUCAAGGACAAUUUUAUCGAUGUUAUCUUCCAAUUAAUGUCCGAUCCUGUUGCCAAUGUCAAAUUGAAAAUUUGCCCUAUGUUAGCUAGCUUAAAAUCAAUUAUGAAAAUUCCUACUGAUCACGUACUUAUGAAGCAGCUGGAAGCAUGUGUACUUAAAAUGCUAUCCAGUGAACGUGACAAAGAUGUUUCAGAAUCGCUGCGGAAGUCGAGCUCUCUAUCACACGUCAAGCAAAAUGUAAAGGAUAAAGAGAAAGAAGACGAAGAAAGACGAAUUCUUUUGCAAGAAAAGGAAGAAGAAGCAAAAGUUAAAUUAGCAACCAAGCCAAAGAAAACGAAUUCGAGUAAAAAACAUAAUAAUGAAAAAAUUAGCUUAAAAAAGGAAAAUAAUACGACGAAGCGGCCAUCAAUAGGAGUAGCUUCUUCAAUUUCAAGUCGGCCUACAACCUUGGGUGUGUCUUCUAGCAGUCAAUCUUCCAUUAAUCACAAUCACAAAUCGACGCAAGCUGUAAAAUUACCGCCUGCACAAAAAGAUUCUGUUACGGCUCAAUCACGAAGUAAAUUUCAAGUUACUAACGUUCAAUCUGAAAUUCGAAAGCAAAGAAGUAAUAGUACACCACCACUUAAUAGUCCUGGUUCAUCGACUAGCAGCACUGGUACAAAAUAUCCAGGUUCUCGAAACAGUGUCUCCAAGAGCAAAUCUUCAACGCAGUCGCUUAAGAGCACAACAUCUACAAUGAAAAAAUCAAAUUCUACAACGGCCAAGCGUUAA